AUGGCAUUGCCGCUUCCACCGGGGCUAACGCCCCCAGAGAUAGCAUUCAUAUGCGAAAUGGAGCUUGUCACAAUCAUACCACGCCAGCGUCUCGAAGGCCUCGAAUUACUCGGAGGUCCCCUAAAACCACUGAACCCACCGCAACGAGCCUCCUUACCACUAUGGCUCGCUUUACUACUCAAGCGCCAGCGGCGCGCGAACAUUAUCCCUCCACCCUGGCUUUCGCCCGAUUCAUUAGCCGCCAUAUUACAGUUUGAGACCGAGUCUUCACCUGAUGCCUUCUCACCACCGCCUCGAUUACCCCCGCCGCCCUCCAGUACCACGAUCCCGCUCUCCUCGCCCUUCCUCCCUUCCUCGACCGCCGACGCCCCAGCCGACGCGCUGCCUUACCACUGGCUUGAACUGGGUUCUAUGCUGCUUGAAGCCGCGCCGGAUGAUUUUGACGAUGCGGAUGAGGUGCGGAAACUUUUACGAGGAUUGAGGGAGGCGCGCAUGGCGAAGCUGAGACAGGGCGUGGAGGUUUUGGACGCUGGAGGCGGGUUCAAGAUGAAUGGCGUAGGUGGGAUGGAAUUGGGGGAGGCAAGGAGCUUCAUUACGGGAGUGGUCGAUGGGUUGAGGAAGAUUGGGAAAAGCAGGGAAGAGGCAAGGCGGGAGAGGGAAAGGGAGAAUGGGUACUCGCCAAGUCAGAAUUAUGAAGACGACGAGAUGGAUAUGCGGUGA